AUGACGAACAAGGCGCCGGCGGACGCACUCAGUCUUCGGAGGGCCUCGACUGUGACCAAUGGGGAGAAGCGUGACACGCGCGAGUCCAUGAUCAAAAUGGUCGACGAGUAUAUGAGGAAACUGGAGGAGAAGGAGGAGGAAGCCAUUCACCGGAACGCUGAACACAAACACGAGGUGGCUGGUCUGAAGGAAGACUUGGAUUCCGUGCUUGUAAGCUGGCGCGGCUUGAUGGAGCGGCAUGCGGCCGUUGGCGACCAGCGUGAUGCGCGGGACACGCCUUCCCCUGCAGCCUUUCAGGAAGGCGUGGUGGUGUGGAAGACAGUCACAAGGCCGCGGAAGCGGAACGUCCGCUCCUGGCGCUCCGUGGAGUUCCCGGGGCUUUCCGAAGUGCCCGUGCCCAGCGUGAUGCCGGUGGCUCACGAGAGCCAGCUGCUGCCGCUGAAGCGCAGGAGCCUCGACGUGCACCUCGGGAAGGUCGAAGAAGGCCACCGCCUGAAGAGACAGCAGAUCAAAAGUUGGACCGGUUGCUCAAGGAGCAACGAGCAGCUCGGGCCUCGUCACUACCUGCAGAAGAUGAUCUUGCUGUCCGGCGCCUGGCUAUGCACCCUACGGCUGAGGGAAAUGAAUCUCAAGGAAGAAGAAGAGAGGGAAGUUUGGCACCUCAACCUGGACAUCAUGGAGGGCAUCACGAUGCAUCAGCUGGCCAGCUGGCCGGGGCUGGAGGUUCUGAACUACCUCAAGGACCGGGUUCGGGACUACCUCAUCCACCAGGAGGCGGACUCUUUGGUGGGCAAGGUUCUUUGGCUGGAACUCCACAUCAACCUGGAGCUCCACAUGGUGAUCCACAAAUGGGCACGCCUGCAGGUGGUGGUGAUGCAUCGUCGUAUGCCUCCGUUGCCAGUGGUGGAGUUGAUGGUCGUGGAACUACAACACAUCCUGGACUACCACAUGGUGAUCCCUCAGGUGCAGGUGGACCUCCCGGGUCAGGACCAGAUCCUCCCCCAGGCCUUCAUGGUGCUUUGGAUCUUCCUGCCCUCCCACUACCUUCAUCCGAAGGACGUAAGAAAGGCAGCUCGCUUGCGAGGAGUUGCACCAGAGGGCUCAAAAGAAGGCCCAACCAAAGAAAAGGAGGUGGAAGUGGGAAGUCCUGGGUCUACAUCGACUUCGAGCCCAUCGCCCUUGUCGCCGACGACGGUGUCUGGAGGGGGAUUGAAGGAUUCGGGAGGUGGUUCACCAGCGAAGUCAACGCUGGACGAGAAGCCCAAGAAUGACAUCGCCACAGACCUCAUCCAGGAAGCUGCAACGCUGCUCAAGACGCUUCGGUCCGUGAAGACGAUGCGCCUCAAGCAGAUCAGUGCUCACCCUCAGGAGUUUGGAACUCAGGGGUUUGCCCUUUUGGAUGGUGGGGCCACUCAUGCCCUACGUUUUGCUCGACCCGAAGAACGAGCUGAAAUUUUUCCGGUUGAAGUGGAGCUGGCACAAGGCUCAACAGUUUUGUAUCGCCACCCCAAGCAUCGCACCUUGUUGUCCCUGACGGAGGUUGAGCCGAUCAUUCCUCUGGGCCUCUUGGUUGAGCGCGGCUUCAAGGUGGAAUGGCGACGUUCGGGAUGCAGCACCCACCACCCAACCCCAAUCGCCUGUUGGCUGAGGAAUGGAUGUCCCAUCAUGCAUCGGCAGCCUGCGCUGGACAUGUUGGCGCAGUUUGAGAUGGAGGAUCAGGGGGAGGUGGCUCUCUCUGAUGAAGAUCGAAGUUGGUGGCAGAAGCAUUUUCCUGAACUACCACUUCCAGUUCUCCAGCAUAUGGCUGGUCAAAGUCAAGAACCCACAGCUCCGCCCUGGAAUCGAAGGCUCCUGGCCCUCGUCGACUACGUGGCCGAGGAGAAGAGCGUUGGUGCCUCCCUGAUUUGGACGAUGAUGAGCAGCGCUUGGCCCACGGCGACACUGAAGCAUCUUGGUCUUUGGCUACGUGCUCAAGAAUGCCGUCGUGCUCCCACGGAUGUUGGAAUGCUGCUGGAAUCUCCACGUGACCCAGCUGAAUACUUGAGCGAUGAAGAAGGAGCUCGAAGCGGUGAAGGUUGUGAUGAUAGUCCACUACCCACCAAGCUGGCAGAUCGCAUUCGCACUUCAAAGUCUUGGGCCGCUUGGGCGCCGGGACUUGUGGCUGCUAUCAAGGAAUCGCUGCGGAGGUUGCUUGGCAUUUUGGAGGAGGAAAGUCGAAAUGGUGACACUCACAACAUGUCCAAAAUGGACCUUGCAGCCUGGCACCGGCACAUCAAACAGGGGCACAUUCCCUUUCGUGCUGACUGCCGAAUCUGCGGUGAAGCGAUGGGCUGUGAUAAACCGCACAAAAGACUUGGGGGGAGUGCAACGAAGUUCACUAUGUCAGCGGACCUAUGUGGACCCUUCCCUGCUGGUCGUGACCUUGGCGCUGGAGUGACCUGUAAGUAUGCACUGAUCUCCACUGUUGCUGUGCCCAUCGUUUCAGAGCUUCCAGGCGAGGUUGCCGAGCCCUAUGACACUGCAGACGACGUCAAGUACACCGAGGACCUGCCCUGUGAUCGCGAGGAGCGUGAAAUGCUCCCUGAUGAUGAAGUUCAGAGGCUCAAUGAGUUGGCCCAGAUUGAAGAGGCCCAAGAAGCUCCUGGACACCAAAACAUCACGUUCGCUGAGGUGAUCCCAGAUAGAACUGUGGAGUCUUUGGUCCGUGCCCUUUCACGACUACAUGCAAAGUAUCGCAUGCUGGGCAUCCAAGUGUACCGCCUCCACACAGAUCGAGAACGAUCGUUUGCCUCAGUCCCAAUUCAAAAAUGGUGUGAACAACGUCAACUUCGAUUGACUUUGACUGCAGGCGAUGACUCAAAGGCCAACGGCCGCAUCGAGGGAGAAGUGAACCAGAUCAAACGUCGGACUCGACUCCUUCUACAUGAUUCUGGACUACCUCAAUCCCUCUGGCCGACAGCCCUACGACAUGCUGCAGAAGGCCGUGUCCGCCUACAACUUGAAAGAUUGGGCCUGCCGAGCCCACCAAUGCUUCGCUAUGGAGCUUCAGUUUUGGUCAAGUCCAAACGAUGGCGUCGUGCUGGACAACUCUCAAUGCCCUACCGCACCAUGCAGCUCUUGGGACCAUGCCCAUACAUGUCACAUGGCUGGAUUGCCCGCGACAAGAAGGGGCAGCUGCUUCAUGUGCGGACGGCUUUGGAACCUUCGCCGGUGGCUGACCAGGCGAUCAUGGAUUUGCAGGAGGAGGAUCCUUUGCCCUUUUUGGACGACGUUGGCGGCUCCUUGGCACUUCAAUUUGAGGAUGAAAGGGAGUCGGAGGAGGUUGUUGGAGGUCCCAUGCUCGAUAGUCAUGAUCAAAGUGAUCAAUGUCAACACCCUGACCUUCCGGGGGAGCUGGAAGAUCCCAUGUUCUGCUCAAGACAACAGGCAGAGCAGUGGCAUGAACUUGAACAAGAACGUCACUGGGCUUUGAAGCAGCUCUGGUGCCAAGGCCUUCAAGAAGUUGCAGUUGGCGAAGACGCUGGGAGCGUUCAUGGCAGCUGGCUUCGUGAAGUUGAAAUGCUGCUCCGAGGUGCUGAAGAUCAAUUGUCGUUUCAGCAUUCCUCCUUGCAGAACUACAAGAUGGCUUCUCUGGCUCCAAUGGCUGGUUCAACUGAGGUUCCGGUUACUGUGCUCCAGACCUACACAGUCUCAUUGCAGCAGGUCCGCAAGGAACUGGAGAAAUGGAAGCCUCCCUUGCGUGAUGAAUAUGACCAGCUGAUCUCGUCGACCCAGGCAAUCAAACCAACUUCGGAGGAAAAGUUGCGCCUGGAUCCAAGGUUUCCAACUAUGGAACUCGCUCCAGCUAUGCUUGUUCCCACGGUCAAGAGUCCUCAUGGACGCCUCAGAGCACGGGUGGUCAUCUGCGGAAACCAUCUCACCAAGGUCAACGAAGACCAUGACAACUCCGCAGGUGAAGUGAAGUCGAAGGACCAAGUGCUCAUUGAAGCUGGGAUUUGCCCGCCAACUGAACUCUGGGAGAUCUCUCACGCCGUGUACGGGCUGAACGAUGCUCCUGCCAACUGGUCGCAUUAUCGUGGCCGUGAACUACCUCAGCUGCGCUUCGAGGCUGAAGGUCAAGAAUACCAACUGGUCACUACGCCAGAGCCCAACCUUUGGAAGCUGAUCAAAACAUGCCCCAACGGCAUCCCCGAGGAGGACAUCUCAGAAGGCUUCCUGGCAGUGUACGUUGACGACAUGCUGGUUGCUGCUCCAAGUCCCCUCGCUCAUGCAGUGAUUGAUGGAAUCCGGGCUCAUUGGCGCUGCUCAGAACCAGAAUGGGCAUCUUCGGAGAAGUCCCUCAAGUUUUGCGGCUUUGAGAUCAAGUGCCGCCCAGGAGAGGUCAUUUUGAACCAGGCCUCUUACACCCGUGAUCUCCUUGCACGCCACGAAGGCAUCAAGUCGAGACAAACUCCUUUGCCCCUUGGCGUACAAGAUGAACUGGAGGAAAACAUCUCCAUUGAACAGGUCCGCAAAGCCCAGCUCUCGUUGGUGAAUUGCUCUGGCUCAGCGGGCGAACCAGACCUGACCUCAGCUAUGGAGUUUCCAUCAUGGGCCGCUUGGUGA